AUGGCUUUGUUCCAGGCUGUUUACAGCUCCAAGAAAACCGUUUUUACGGAUUCUCAGGAAUUUAAAAAACUGAAGAAAGAGAUCCGUGAGAAUGAAAAUGCUCUAGCUGAAUAUGUCGACUACCUUUUUACGUCUUUGAAGUGUCCUGAUUCGGAACAAAGACAAGCCUUGCUGUCAAUAUUCGAUUACUUUUUCAACCGUUCUCAUAAGUUUCGCUUGAGAAUCGUGGAGAAGUUGCAGGAGUUACUUCUGCUGGUAUGUGAAACGGAUCCAUUCAACUAUCCUCUCCCUGGACCAAGUAAAGAGCGCAAAGAAUUGAAGGCUUAUGCUCUGAAAACGGUCAAACAGUGGCAUGAGAAAUUUGGUCCCGGUUACGAAAAACUGAAUUUUGUUAGCGAUUUCUUGCGAAAAUCCAAGGCUGUUGAUUUCGAUGCUGCAUCUGAGGAACUAUUGGCUGAAAGGAGAAGGAAGGAAGCUGAAAAUCGAAGAAUCGCAGAGUUAUCGCAGAAGAUUGCAUCCAUUGUCCGCAGAAAACUCGACGAAGUCAAAGGUGACAUAGAAAGAUGCAUUGCCUCGGCUGACACCGCCCUCUCUAUCCUUGUUCCUCUAUUUUGUAUCGAUUCUGAGCAAAACGAAGCCAAGAACCGUGGUACCGCCUCAUGCCGAAACAACGAUCAAGAUAUGAAGACUGUUCACGGGUACACGAAUUCUGACACAAUUCCUAUUGUUUUGGAAUCGCUUACACCAGAGGUAACAAUCAAUGAGGACAAUGAGGCGGUAAUAGAAAACCUACGGGAUGUAAAAGUAAUGCUGGAACUUUACCGGAAUAAGAUUCUCAGUUGGCAGCGCAAAUUAAAUGGAGCCGUUGGCGUAGAACUUCUAAUGCGAGAUCUGACCGCAAUCAAGAGAAAGAUUGAUCAGCGUUGUGGAAAGAUUGCUGAGUUGAACCUUAAGCCAAAGAGGCGAAAACGGAAGAGCGCUCAUUCUAGUGAAAGUGAGGAAAGCGAUCUCGAAGAUGUUCUUGAAAAGCAGUUGGAGGAAUUUAAACCACCCGAUGAUGUUCGGCGACACAACAUGGAGCGAGUCAAGCAAGAAGUGGAAGAUGGGGAAUGUUUCGAGCAGGCAUGCUGCAGUAAAUCACUAGUGACAACUCCAUCAUUGACGACUCCGAAAGAGGAGCUUGAGGAUGAGGUCAAGCCAAAGCCAAAUAUUCCCCUUCCUUCGUGCGAAGGUGUGGGAGAAUCGAAACCAACGAAGAGGCGUUGCAAUGCAAGACUGCCAAAUGGGAAGCUUUGCCCGAGAAUGGGCUUGCGAAAGUGCCCACUUCACGGCAAAAUAGUGGAUAGAGAUGACGAAGGUUUCCCUUUGGAACAAUUGGAAACAACCGAAAAGUCCACUUCGCAGGUUAAACGUGAACAUCAGGAAGAGGAAGAGUAUUUGAGAGAUCUCGAAGUCGCAACUGGAAAAUCGUUUGUCGGUAAAUUCAGAAAGAAGAAAAGGCGAGAAAGUUCCGUACGUGAACGAUUAGAAAAAAAAAUUCUGGACCCUCGGGCAGUCAAACGUGUCUUGGCCUCUCUUGAUGCUGCCUGCAGAGCUCGACAAGAGUGGAGGUUCGGGGACCAGUUUGUUCAUUCCAUCACCAUGUGA